AUGGGCCUAUACAGGCCAGAAGUCGUAUGGGAUGCUGUUUGGGAAUUUCUUGCAGAAGAUGCACAGUUUCAUCAUCGACGUCGCAUGAACAAUCCAGAUCUGUUGUUAUCAGAUUCCGAUAAGAAACAGUUUGCUCUUGUGGAGUUGGAGAAAUUGUUAUCUUUGUGGGGGAAGAGUCUGAGAGACUUUCCAGAAAUGCUACUUCCAGAUGAAACCAACAUCGGGUUUAUGGAAAACAUGUUGAUAGCUGAAGAGUUGGCGUAUGAUAAGGAAUCGUUGAAGAUAGAGCAUGAAACAUUAGUAACACAAUUGACGGAUGAGCAAAAGAAUGUUUACGACUCUCUGAUGAAUGAUAUUGAUUGUAAUGGAGGUGGACUCUUCUUUGUGUAUGGUUAUGGAGGAACAGGCAAGACAUUCGUGUGGAGGACGUUAUCCUCAAUGAUAAGGAGCCGCGGAGAUAUUGUUCUGAAUGUUGCUUCAAGUGGAAUAGCAUCUUUAUUAUUACCUGGAGGAAGGACAACGCAUUCUAGAUUUGCUAUACCACUCUCAUUGAAUGAAGAUUCCACGUGCAAUAUAUUGCAAGGUAGUGACCUUGCUGAGCUUAUAAUUAGAAGCAAAUUGAGAAUAUGGGAUGAAGCACCAAUGACUCACAAACACUGUUUUGAGCCUUGGACAAAACCAUGA